AACUCGCUCUCUCAACUCAGUUAUUUCCUCUCCUAAAAAACCAAAAGCAUCUUCUACGGUAGCUAAAAAUUAUGGUGCUUCAUAUACCUUGGAUCGAUACUUGACUAACGAGGGUCAUAGACUAGUAGCCUCAUACUUUCGUUUAAAUCAAACACAAAAAUAUAUACAGAAAGGCAGUUUUCACAAAAUUACUGAAAAGGAACUUGACGAAUUAAUAGACUCUUAUAAUGGCGUCACAACUCGCGCUUUUGAAACGCUGAAUUAUCAACAUUUGAGUUUAACGUUGGCUGAAUGCAAAUUAUUGGCAAAAUUAUUAAAAUAUAAUGCUAUUACAAACAUACACACCCUAAAUUUAUCAAGAAAUAGAUUGUCGGGUUCUUCGUUAAAGGUGAUUAUCGAAGCGUUACAAAAGAAUACUACGGUGUCCUUCUUGGAUCUCUCGUUCAAUAUGAUAUCCGAUAAUGAGUCUAAAUGGUUAGGUAAACUGCUAAAAAAGAAUACAUCAAUCAAAGAACUUUCUUUAGCUUUUAAUAAAAUUGGUUCUGAUGGUGCACGGCGUAUUUCAAAAGCUCUCAAAAUAAAUACCACUUUAAAAAGACUUUCUCUGGAGGCAAAUAGAUUAAAUACUCAGGGUGGUUUAUUUGUGUCCGAUAUGUUAAAAGUAAAUCGUACUCUCAAAUAUAUUCAUUUGGGAAGUAAUAAUCUUCAAUUUGCUGGAAUUCAGGGAAUCGCUGAAGCUCUUCGGGUUAACGAGUCUCUUGUUAGUUUGAGCCUCGACGUUAACAACAUUGCCAUAAGUGGUUCUAAAUUAUUGGCUGAUGCCUUAACAAUCAAUAAAACUCUUACUCAUCUUUAUAUGCCACGUAACAACAUAGGUGAUGAAGGAUUAAAACAUUUAUGUCAAGCUUUGUUAUUAAAUACUUCAUUAACAUAUCUUGACGUCGAGUUUAAUAACAUCGGUAUUCAUGGUAAUACUGAAGGCUCGAGUGUUUUAGGUAAAUUGCUCGAGAAUCAUGUUGUACCUCGCGCGAUUAAUCUAUCUCAUAAUCCAAUCGGUAGCAGUGGUUGUGAGGCUCUUUUUGUUGGUUUUCAUAAAAAUAAGACCUUGGAAUCGAUGGUACUUUCUUAUUGUGGCAUUGGCUUGGAAGGAAUCAAUGCGAUAGCUGAAGCGUUGAGAUUAAAUCAGAGUUUACAAAAUCUUUCCCUUUAUAAGAAUAGUAAUAUCGGUGCUGAUGGACAUUUAGUUUUGGCUAAAGCUUUGGAACAAAAUACAAAUUUAAAAAGGGUACAAUUAGACUACAAUUUCGAGGAUUGGGGGGCAGUCGGAAAUUUAAUACAAGGCUAUUUAACAAGAAAUAUUCUUCUUCAACAAGAAAAAUAUAACGUAGCUUGUCGAAUUCUGAAAGCUGCUAGGAUUAUGUUAAACACUUCUGCAUACCGUACCACAACUAUCAGCAAUUCUAUUCCUUUAGCAAUUUCUCGUCGUAGCCUUUCAAUCAGAUCAAACAUAUCUAACUCUAUCACUCUGUCGUCGCCUUCUGUCAUAUCAUUUAUGUAUCUGCCCUUCGAAAUUCAGGAAAACAUCUUAGUUUCGCUUGACACUAAUCAAGUGCUUACUCAACAUCAAGUUAUCAUAAUUUUAAAUUGGUCGGUGAGGAAAGAUACUCUUGGAAAAAGCAUGGAAGAAUUUUUGACAAGGACUUUUGGUGCUUAUUAUCCGUUAACUAAUGAU